AUGUCGGGAAGAGGAAAGGGAGGCAAGGGACUGGGCAAGGGAGGAGCAAAGCGCCAUCGUAAGGUUCUCCGUGAUAAUAUCCAGGGUAUCACAAAGCCGGCAAUUCGGCGUUUGGCUCGUAGAGGAGGCGUUAAGCGUAUCAGCGGUCUAAUCUACGAGGAAACCCGUGGGGUUUUGAAGAUCUUCUUGGAGAACGUGAUUCGUGAUGCAGUAACCUACACCGAACAUGCGAGGAGGAAGACUGUGACUGCUAUGGAUGUGGUUUAUGCACUGAAGAGGCAGGGCAGGACAUUGUAUGGGUUUGGUGGUUAGAUGAUUUAGGGAUUAGAUCUUUCUGCGAUGUUGGCGGAUCUGGACUAGUUCUCAUGAUAUCAAGAAUGUUUUAGGAUUAGGAAUAGGGCUUGUAAUUAAAGGGUGCUAUUGGGAUUAUUGGAAAUUAUAAUUUGGUCGUGUGGUUUUCUUUGGUGAUUUGUAAUUCGUGCCAUGAAUUGCAGAUUUUAAUGAAAUUUGGAAUUUAAUUUCGGCAA